CAGGUAAUACCCUAGCCAGCAAGAAGGAUGGAUGUCUUUAAGAAAGGUUUCUCCAUCGCUAAAGAAGGUGUGGUGGCUGCUGCAGAAAAGACCAAGCAGGGAGUGACAGAGGCUGCAGAGAAGACUAAAGAAGGGGUGAUGUAUGUAGGUACCAAAACCAAGGAAGGCGUAGUGCAGAGUGUGACCUCAGUUGCUGAGAAGACCAAAGAGCAAGCCAAUGUUGUGGGAGAAGCUGUAGUAUCCAGUGUGAACACAGUAGCAAGCAAGACUGUAGAAGGAGCAGAAAACAUCGUGGUCACUACAGGAGUUGUAAAAAAGGAGGACCUGGCAGCACUGCAGCCGCCUGAGGAGCCGGAGGCAGCGGGAGAGGGGGCCCUAGCGGCCAGCGAGGGCGGAGAGGGUGAAAAUGAAGCCAAUUAACCAACUUAGGGAUGUCUAGCUCAAAAGAAAGCAUUCCAAGUGCAUACAUGGAAAUAUUAUUUGGCACUACAACAGGAAAAUCACGCUCUCCAUAGACUAACUACAUUCAGCUCUGUAAUCCUUCACCUCCCUCAUAAACCAGACAUACAAUAUAUGUAAUCCAGACUCCUCUGAUUGUAAGUAAAGUGCAGCUGUGUCCUGGGGUGGGUGGGUGUCUCCCUCCCCACCUCCCUCCUGGCUUCCCAACCCACUCGCUUUGCGUGUUUUGGCGGACUCACUGAUCCUUGUCUCGUGUCCAUCUUCACUGGCACUUGGGAUCUCUAGGUAUUGUGGAAUUAUUUUUUUUUUUAACUAAUAAAAAAAAGUUUGAACAAU